AUAUAAUAUUUUAUCUUACCAUGCUGUUUUACUGUCUUUGUUAAAAGACUUUUUGGCACUACUAACCUUCACUGGACAGUAAAUUGGCAGGAAACGGGGAGGAGAGAGAGGGCAAAUUGCCCCAGCAAUUGAACCCAGGACGACCAUUUUGAGGACUACAGCCUGCCCGUUAUGCUUGUAGUCUACCAACUGAACCACCCAGUCCCAGCACCUCCCGUUUGACUGCCUUUAAACUGUUUUAUGUUGUUAAAGGUCCUUCUUCGGAUGUGUGUUGCAAAUGAGCUUGAGGCCAUAAAUGUUCUAGUGUUUCUUACUUAUGAUUACUGCCUGUUCCUGUGCAAGUAACCAAGAAAGAAAGAUCCACCUUUAUUGAUAGGCCAAAUUGUCACCAAUACCUGAUCUAGAAUUUAUUUCAAUAUUGGGACAGAUACAGACAUUCUACAUCCACCUCCCAAAAUAGUCAAAUCUGUGAGUAGUGCCAGCUGCAGAUGUCUACACUGAUCCUGAGAGAAGCCAGUUGUGCUGAAGCUGAUUUUAUUUAUUCCCGUGUCGUUUUCCAAAGCAUUCCAUUGUGAGUGGAUCUCUGGCCUGGGAAGACCCUGUCUGCCCUGAAACCAUAUGUAAUGGACCAGCAGAGGGCGCUGCACUCCGAUUGCCUGGUCUCAGGAAUCCGCACGCCUCCUGUCAGACGCAACAGCAAGCUGGCGAGCCUGGGACGCAUCUUCAAGCCAUGGAAGUGGAGGAAAAAGAAAAGUGAGAAGCCGAGGCCCCCUGGAGUGGCCGAGAAGAAGGCAGCUGUACGACAGAAGAGAGAUGAGCUCGUCAAGCGAAGCCCCGGGGAGAUGGAAACAGAGUCGGAUCUCACUUGUGGGGGGAACGGCGAGGAUCCUGACACCCCGACCCAGUCAGACGGCGAGGACAGAGACGAGGAACUCAUGGCCCCCCUGGCCAGUGCCAGUGAGGACCUGGGAAGCGAUUCAGAAGCCCCAGCAGUUCAAGAUGUGGAAGAAGAUCCGAAGGCGGCUGGAGAAAUCAAUCGGGGCGAGGACGAAGACGCAGAAGACGGGAACGUGUCACUAAGCAACUCCAGUGAGGAGCGGACGAUGGAAACGGCAGAGGCUGCUGAGGCAAAACAGGAAAUGGUGGCAGCCAAGCCCCAGAGACGAGCCAGCACCCCUCCUCCACCAAGUCUUCCUGUCAAGCUGCUCACCAGGCUGGGCAGCUUAGAUGGUGCUCCUCCAGUUUCUGUGAAAAAGUCUCCCGCCACAUUACCGAGGAACUUCACACUCCCCAAAGAACCUCACGGAUCCCUGCUGAGAGGCAGGAUCUCUACACCCACCGGCUCUCCGCACCUUGGGGCCCUUCACCAGCCACUGCCCCCCAGCUGCAUCAUUGAGGAACUGCAUCGUGCCCUGGCCACCAAACACAGACAGGAGAGUUUCCAGACGAAGGAAGCCCGCUGUUCCCCGAAGCGCAGAGCGGAUGGCCGGCUGUCUCGGACGUCCAGCAUGGAGAGGGAGUCACUCGGGGAGAUGGACGGCAAGAAGAGGUCAGACGAGAACAAGGAGAACUGUAGCCUGGAUCAGUACGCCAGCGACCAGGACAGCUGGAACGAGUCGGUAAUCUCUGGAACACUCCCACGCAGGAUGAGGAAAGAGCUCCUGGCCGUGAAGCUUCGGAACAGGCCCAGCAAACAGGAGCUGGAGGACCGCAACAUCUUCCCGGUCCGCAGCGACCAAGAGCGACAGGAAAUCCGCCAGCAGAUAGAGAUGAAGCUGGCCAAGCGACUGAGCCAGAGACCGGCUGUGGAGGAACUGGAGAGCCGGAACAUCUUAAAGCAGAGAAAUGACCAGAUUGAGCAGGAAGAGAGGAGGGAAAUAAAGCAGCGGCUCAACAGAAAGCUCAACCAGAGGCCAACCGUGGAUGAGCUGCGGGACAGGAAGAUCCUGAUCCGCUUCAGCGACUAUGUGGAAGUGGCCAAAGCUCAGGACUACGACAGACGCGCAGACAAGCCAUGGACCAGACUGUCAGCUGCUGACAAGGCGGCGAUCAGGAAGGAGUUGAACGAGUUCAAGAGCAACGAGAUGGAAGUUCAUUCUUCUAGCAAGCAUCUGACGAGGUUCCACCGGCCGUAGCAAGGUUUCUUCUGUGAAGAGUUGCUUAAAUCUGGUUCUGUCAGAGAAGACCUUGCAUCAGUGGCUGUCCUGAUAUUUGGGUUCAGCAAACCUUGGAGGCUAUGUCUCUAAUAGGGAGUCUGCUGGUAGGAGAGGCGGCAUGCAGCACGCUCCACCUUCGCUGAGGGGAAGCACUCCUUCACCUCCCGGUCACAGCAGCAGGAAGGACAAAGAUCUCCAGCAGACCAGCAGGGACUUCUUUUUGUAAACAAACUAUUUUCAAAGACUUUGUUUUUGAGGCCACUGGUGGCGGGGAGUGGAGGGGGUGCAUGUGAUGAAGUCAACCAGUCCCACUCCAGUAACGUUAGUCACAACCCUGAGCUGUGUGAGUCUCAACGAUUCAACUGAUCAGUUUCAUAUCAAGACUGUAAAAUGUUCUUAAUGAGCCCUUGUCAAUGUACAAGACAGAAAUCCCUUUGUAAGCACUAUUUAUUGUCUGCACAAUACAAGUUUUCUAUUGGUAACAAA